ACGGCAACCUCCGCCACCUCACCAGCGCCCGCAGGCCGCAGGUCGCAUCAACGCGCUCACCUCAGGCCGUCACCAUCCCGCGCGCCAGUAUGGUCUCGCUCCUCAGCAACCCUCUCGCGACAGCCGAGCAGCUCUCCUCGAGCCCCAGCCAAGCCGAUGGCCUGCCGGCCUCUCUCGAAGUAACCCUCCGCUGGGCAGGCCUCACGCUCCUCCAGAGCGCCGGGCUGCUGCUGCGCCUCCCACAGCCCGCCAUCGCGACCGCCCAGCUCCUCUACCAGCGCUUCUUCCUGCUGCGCUCAUUCCGGACCUUCUCGGUCCUCAGCGGUUCACAAGCCUCCCUCUUCCUCGCGAGCAAGCUCUCGGAAGUCCCCGUGGCUCCACGCAGCAUCAUCAACGUGACGACGUACCUUCUUUCCACCACCUCACCGUCGCCGAUAUCCCCGCUGGCCACCACGACCUCCUCCUACGUAUCCGAGCACGCCUACCACCUGCAGCGCACGCGGCUUCUUGCAGCCGAGACGGAGUUGCUAAAAGCCGUCGGCUACGAUACGCACGCGGCCCUGCCGUACGCCCUCGCGGUCAACUACGCGCAGGCCCUGGAUUGUCUGCAAAAAAGCCUGCUGCAAAGGGCAUUCGCCUACCUGUCCGAUGUCAUGUUCAGCCCGAGCUGUGUGUAUCUCACGCAUCAGCCGAAUGCGCUUGCGGCGGCUGCGCUGUAUCUGGCGGCUAGGGAUGAGGCAGUGAAGUUGCCGGAGUGCUGGUGGGAGGUGUUUGAUGUCGAGAGAGAGGAUUUGGGGUUUUUGGUCGCCGGGAUGGGCGGCGUGGAGGGGUUUGUGAAAGAGCAGAGGGAGCGGUGGAGGGAGUUGGGCGGCGUGUGGGAGCUGGAGCAGGUCGAGGAGCUGUUGAGGAGGUGAUAUUGUUUACCACGACUGUGCGAUAAUGUAUGUAGAAGCGCUGCGAGCGCGAGCUCACUGGCAAAAACAACUCCUCUGUACCCCGUAGCCCGUAGGCUGUGAGUAUAUACACAAUCUACGAUUCGCGAGGUCACUCGUGCACUAAACCCGUCUCGCGUAUCUCCUCCAACCCACCCCACCUCUCCACGCACCCCACGCACCCCACCACCACCACCAGCAACCCAGCUCUAACCCCGUCACCACGAUGAAAGUCCACGCCGAGCUCCUCCACACACUCACCGCGGACGUUGCGGGCACCUCAGUGUUGCUACACUUCGACAGCAUGCGCUACCUGAUCGGACAAUUCGGCGAGGGCGCGCAGCGGGCAUUGAUGGAGCGCCGGGUGCGGGUGAACAAGAUAGGGCACGUAUUUGUCUCCGGGAGGGGUACGUGGGACAGUAACGCGGGGCUGGCGGGGGUCGUGAUGGCGAUG